UAUGCGUAGCGUCUAGUCAGACCUUACUAAUCGAAAUAGUGUUGAUGUCUGUCUCCGCUUUCACGUCCCUCUGCUAACACACCGGGACCAAAUUUUCUUCGAAAGCAUGUUUUUAUCUGCUGCUGUUCGCUCUGCUGUGUCGCAGACGGCCAGGCAGGUCAGGGGUCUGCAUCAGUCUGCUACACGCUCAGCUGGAGGCCUCUUUGUGCACAGAGAUACUCCCGACAACAACCCAGACACACCAUUUGAGUUCACGGAGGAGAACAAAAAGAGAGUCCAGGCAAUCUUGUCCCAGUACCCUGAAGGACACAAGCAAGCAGCCACCAUCCCCGUUUUGGAUUUGGCUCAGAGACAACACGGAUGGCUCCCUAUCUCAGCCAUGAACAAGGUUGCUGAGGUAUUGGGGGUCGCUCCGAUGAGAGUGUAUGAAGUAGCUACAUUUUAUACCAUGUUUCUGCGUCAGCCUGUGGGAAAAUACUUCAUUCAGGUCUGCACAACGACACCCUGCAUGCUCUGCAACUCCGACAGCAUUCUGGAAGCCAUCCAGAACAAACUGGGUAUUAAGGUUGGAGAAACCACUCCAGAUAAGAUGUUCACUCUAAUAGAAGUGGAAUGCCUGGGCGCCUGUGUGAAUGCUCCGAUGGUCCAGAUCAAUGACAACUAUUAUGAGGACCUUACGCCAAAGGAUAUUGAAGUUAUCAUUGAUGAAUUGAAGGCAGGAAGAGUUCCACCACCUGGACCAAGGAAUGGCCGUUUCUCUUGUGAGCCUGUUGGCGGAUUAACUUCUCUCAAAGGACCUCCCCCAGGACCUGGAUUUGGCGUAAGAUCGGACCUGUAGACAAAUGUGGGACACCUAAUCUAAAUUUGUUGAAAGGAAUUUGUCCCUAAAGCUAUAAUGUUUAAACUGAAAUGACUGUGUAAAUAAAAUAUUCAUGUACCUGU